AUGGUCGAGUCCUUUGUGGAAAAACUGAAACGAAUACAAGAACAGAAGAGGAAACAAUUAUCAGAACUGCAGAGAGCUUCUCAAAAUGAGAACAAUGGUGAUCGAAGUUUGGCUUCUAUUUCUAUGACAUCUCAUGCGAACAGAACAGCUCCAGCUGGAACCAAGUUCUUAGAUUCUAGUAAUAUAGUCCCAUCCAAUCCUCCAGUUUCUAGCUCAGUGGCUAGACCACCCAGAGCAUCAAACUCUACUGCUCUUCCUCCAAGAGUGCCCAGCUCAAAUAGUCGUCGUGUAUUUGAAGAAGGGGAUAUGGAAGCUGCUCGUUUAAGAGAGGCUAGGCAAGGGGACAAAGAAAAUAGUCAUAGUUUGAGAAAGCGGAGUCAGAGUGCACAUUACGAAAGUGCCAAGCCCGUCGUUGCCCCUAUCAGUCAAAAACUUGCAACUUCUGUACCAUCAUUACAUGACACGAUAACGGUGAAGGGCAGGGUGUUUUUAAAAAUUAAAUUAUUAGGUAAAGGAGGGAGCUGUAAGGUUUAUGAAGCGAUGGAUGAGAAUACGCAUGAAUUAUAUGCCAUCAAGGUUGUAGACCUAGGUGAUGAAGAAGAACUUCGAAAAGCCUAUUUGAAUGAAAUCAGGCUAUUAGAAGAUCUUCAAGGUACUAACCACGUUAUUUUUAUGCAUGAUUAUGAAGUUAGGGAUAGCGAAAAUCUACUUUAUGUUGUUUUGGAGAAAGGAGAAACCGACUUCUGUACAUAUCUUUUGUCUCGGCUUAAAGAGGAGAGCAUAGACUCUUCUUUCAUUCAGUUUUAUUGGAAGGAAAUGCUCAAAUGCGUCAAAGCUAUUCAUGACAAGAAAAUUGUUCAUUCUGAUCUCAAGCCUGCUAACUUCUUGCUGGUCAAAGGUCACCUCAAGCUUAUAGAUUUCGGCAUAGCUUCGUCUAUUCCCAAGAAUCAGACAUCAGUAUUGAAGGAUUUUCAAAUGGGAACACUGAGUUAUAUGGCUCCCGAGUCUCUCAGUUUUUCCUGUUCUGAUAGGUCGAAAUAUAAGCUGCCUCUGAAAUCAGAUGUAUGGUCACUGGGAUGUAUUUUGUAUAACAUGGUAUAUGGUGUUCUUCCUUUCAAUCACAUCAAGAACCAAAGUAUGAAGAUGGCUGCAAUCACAAAUCCUUCGUAUAAAAUUGAAUUUGACGAUUGUCAAGAUAAUGAUUUACUCGAGACGUUGAAGUUAUGUUUGGAACGAGAUGUGGAGAAGCGAGCAACUAUCGAUCAGUUGUUAAAUCAUCCAUACUUGACUGGAAGCAAGACUAGUCCUUCUUCUCCGGUUCCAUCAGAUCUAAUGCAGUUCGUACUAGAAUUACAAGAGAACACACCUAAUACGGCUAUGAAAAAAGUCAAGAGUUUGGUCUCCCGAGAGAAGAAUGCGGCCAAUCAGGCAAAAUCGUCAUUUUCGUUGGAGAUUGUGGAGUGA